AUGGCGUCAAAGGAUGGCAAUGAAAAGGCUAAGGGUGCACAAGGUGCUGGAGAUAAUAAAGAGAAGCGCCGAAAGGAGUCUAUAUUAGACUUAAGUAAAUAUUUAGAGAAGAGCAUUAGGGUUAAAUUUGCUGGGGGAAGAGAAGCAGCUGGAAUCCUAAAAGGCUAUGAUCCAUUAUUAAAUCUAGUGUUAGACAAUACUACAGAAUACUUAAGAGAUCCUGAUGACCCCUACAAAUUACUUGAUGAUACCAGAGCAUUAGGACUUGUGGUAUGUCGUGGUACAUCUGUUGUUUUAAUAUGUCCUAUGGAAGGCAUGGAGGCAAUACCCAAUCCUUUCAUAGCUCAGGAGUAA